AUGGCAGGGGAGUCCAUGAGGAUGGGCAACUGGGCGACCCCUCCCCAAGGUCAGAUGCCCAUGUGCAAGAUCUGCAAGAGGCAGGGCUGCAGUCACUUCAGGAGAGGGUUUGCCCAUCUCCUUGCGCUCAACCCCGUAAGGAAGCUGUCCAGACUGUCGGGAGGUCUUUUUGACGGGCUUUCUCAGAACAACGCGUACCCAACCUGUGCGGAUGUGAAAACAGGAGAGGACAAGAGCUUCGAAACCGACAUCGUCAUCCCCUCGACUUGCCCGUGCCAUGGGUGCAGCGAGCGAGUGGAGCGAGUGGAUGUGAACAGAGGGUCCGAACGAUCUGUGACCUACUUGUUUGACGCACGCAAGUCGAGCUGGGAGCCGCAGAUUGCGAGGUACAGGCGCCACAAGAUCAUCGAGUCGCCCAAGGCCGGGAGAUACGCUCAGCUGUGGUGCAGAACGUGCUGCAACUGUGAGAGCGCAAACAAGCCGAGAGGGAAGCUGCUGGGAUGUGCCUGCGCGAUGCACUGGCACACGGUGACGAAUCGGAGCUACCACGAAAAGACUCCCUUCCACCAGCUCGCAACAACCCUCAUCAUGACUUCGUACAACGAGGCUGUCAACAGCGAGUGCAAGUUCGAGCAAGUGAUAGGAGUUAUUGGAAUGGCUAUCGGCUGGAACGAGCACAUCGAGGCCCAGCAUCCGCACCGGCAGCAUUAUCGCUUCUCACAGGAACAAGUCCAUCCCUCCCUUCUCUCCGACCCGAAGCUCCUCCAUGCUGUCGACGCCUCUCAGUUCUACUUCACGGGGAUGGAUCAGUCGCUGCAUCCUCCUCCAUUGCUCGGGCCCGGGAUCGUCUCGCACAUGUUUGCUUCCCUUCCUCCUCAUCCUCCUCCCCCCACCAGCGCAGAGCAGGUGGCAGUGCCCCAGGGUGCCGGGAGGAAGAGGGAGGAGAGACCUGUGGAAGAGGACGAGAGGGAGGGUAAGCGGCUCAACCAGGGGAAGGAGGGGCAGAAGGAGCUUCUCUUCAGCCUCUCCGACCUCCCUGACAUCCUCACGUCCGGCGGAAAGCUCUCAGGAGGGCUGACGUUUCUGGGCUCUGAGUUUUGA